AUGAACGAAGAAGAAUUUGAACGACAUGAAAUGACGAGACCAAUUCUUGCCAGUCAAGUCGAUGAUGAACAUUUGGAUGAAAGAACUAAUCGUGAUUCGACAAUGGUUAAUCAUGGAAAGCAGAUGAAUGAAAGCAUGUAUGAAGAUUUCAAAGCGAACGAUGAAGAAGCCAAUAGGACGAAGAAGAAAGUUUUUCAGGAAUGUGAUAAAGACAAACAAGAACGACGCGUUCUACUUUAUGUACUUCUGUUUAUGGGUUUUGGAAUUCUCUAUUUUACUGCCAUGUUCCUUCAAAGUUUUUUCUUUGCUUAUUCUGGCGAAACACUCACUAGACGAAUACGUGCAAAAAUAUUUCGUACUAUUCUUCGUCAGGAAAUUGCAUUUUUUGAUGAUCCAAACAAUAGUACAGGAGCAUUAUGCACACGUUUAGCAAAUGAAGCGUCGGCAGUACAAGGUGCCACUGGUGUAUAUAUGGGUAUCAUGUUUCAAAAUAUUGCAGCACUAGGCACUGCUAUUAUAAUUGGUUUUGUCUUUUCUUGGCAAUUGACAGCUCCGGAUUAUGGAAAAGCAACAGAUGCUGGUGAGAAGAUCAUGGAACUGUUUGCUCGAAAUUCUCUGAUCGAUAAUGGAUCGAGUGAUGGAGAUGAAAUUUGGACAACUCGAGUUCAAUCGUGUUCAUUUCGUUUAUCCAACUAG